UUGGAAUCUGCGUGGGAAAUGGAUACCACAUCACCAUUCCCGAGUGUGCCAGCAGACACUCGACGCUGGAACAAUGCCGUCGUAGAGGCGCCGCGAAUCCUCCUCAUGCUGCUCCAAAGCUUCGAAUCACCGGAAUACAUCUUGAGCACAAUGACGGACACGGUCCUCGAUAAAUGGACCAAACAAAGCCGUCUUGAUUGCUUAGUCCACUGCCUCGAAAGUUGGGCAGCCAAGCCAGGCCUGGAGGACGGUCGCGCAAAGUGGCUGCUGGAGCGAUGUGCCGAGCUGAGAGGCUUAGCCAGCAGUAACCCAGACGCACUGGACCUGCACGCACCGGCGCUUUGGAACUCGUUGAAGGCAGCGAGCUACGGUGAUUCCCAGUUGCUUCAGCUGUACCAAAAGAGUGAGGCUCCAAUCCUCUCGAAGAUGGUAGUUGCCUCCUUCAUUUAUGAAGCAGAACUUCGACUAUUAGCGUCAAAA